GCAGUUCGUGACCUCAUCCGAGAGUACCACAACGUUUUCCCAUCGUCGUUCUCGUACGUCGGCAUCCCACCGAUGCGUGACGUCGAGCACUCCAUUCAGCUCGUGCCUGACUAUCGUGUUCACCGCCAGGCACCCUACAGACUCUCGAUCCCCGAGGCCAUCGAACUCAAGCGUCAGCUUGAGGAGCUCCUGAGACUGGGUUUCAUUAAACCCAGCAACUCCUCGUGGGGUGCACCCGUCCUCUUUGCUCGCAAAGCGGAUGAAACUCUUCGUCUCUGCAUUGACUACCGCGGCCUCAACCGCUACACGGUUAAGAACAGCUACMCCAUGCCUCGUUCCGAUGAGCUGUUCGACCGCCUAGCAGGCAACCGCUUCUUUACGAAGAUUGAUCUUCGUAGCGGUUACCAUCAGAUCCUCGUCGCUGCAGCCGACCAGCCGAAGACCGCGUUCCGAUCGCGAUUCGGCCACCACGAGUUCACGGUGAUGCCAUUCGGCCUCACCAACGCGCCCGCUACCUUCCAGAGGGCGAUGAACGACAUCUUCAGGGACAUCCUUGAGCAGUACGUUCUCGUCUACCUCGACGAUAUCCUGGUCUAUAUUCGUACCCUUGAGGAGCACCUCAGACACCUCCGCGACGUCCCUGACCACUUGCGCAGACAUGGCUUCUACGCCAAGCUAAGCAAGUGCCGCUUUGCCCAGCACAAAGUGGAUUUCUUAGGACACUAUGUGUCUGACCAGGGUCUCCACAUGGACGACGCGAAGAUCACUGCUAUUGCGGAGUGGCGCGCUCCCGCAUCCGCCAAGCAGCUUCGCAGCUUCCUAGGMCUGACCAGCUACUAUAGUAACUUCAUCCUGGGAUACGCUAGUUUCACCACUGAGCACAUCAAGGGUGAGACUAAUCGGGUCGCCGAUGCCCUAUCUCGGCGCCCUGACCACGACCAGAAGCACAUCCAGCUCUCUUCCAUCUCGGUCAGCACCGUCCACCACUCGGUGAUCGACGAGUUUCGCACUCAGUACUGCUACUGCCCCGACUAUCGCGACAUCCACGCGACCCUUCGGAGUGGCAAGACCGUCCCGAACUACUGUCUCGGGGACAACGGUCUUGUGUACUGGCACGGUUCACAGGGCACCRGAGAGYCCCGUAUUUGYGUUCCCUCCACUGGACAGCUACGUGUCCGAGCAGUAGCAGAGUUCCAUGACCAGGCAGCUGCCGGUCAUAUGGGCUUCCACAAGACGUUGGCUCGUGUAAGCCGCCUGUACGUCUGGCCGAAGCGCAAGGACUUUGUGAAGGACUACGUCGCAGAGUGUCCCACCUGUCAGGAGGUGAACAGUGGGAACCACCUACCUUAUGGUUUGCUCCAGCCUCUUCCUAUCCCUGAGGGUCGUUGGCAGUCCAUCUCGAUGGACUUUAUCGGUCCUCUUCGACCUCCGACCCCCUGCGGUCAUGAUGCUAUCCUGAUCGUCGUCGACCGCUUCACGAAGCGUGCACGCUUUGUUCCGUGUCGCUAUGCCAUCAGUGCACGUGAGGUCGCCGACAUCGUAUUUGACCAAGUCGUGCGUGACCACGGCUUACCUCUGAGCAUCAUAUCUGACCGUGACCCGCGCUUUACCAGCCGAUUCUGGCGACGGCUCCACGAGGUGUACGGCACUCAGCUCCGCUUCUCCUCGUCUUACCAUCCUCAGACUGAUGGUCAGACCAAGAUCACGAACAAGACUCUCGGGGAUAUUCUCCGAAAGAUUGUUCGUGACGACCAGCAGUGGGCUCUCCAUCUUGCCCACGCGAAGAUAGCCUACAACCACGCCGUCUUGCCAGCCACGGGGAUGUCGCCUUGCUAUUGCGACCUCGGCUAUCACCCUCGUGUUCCCGCGGACUUCCUUCGACCGUCCCAGAUGCACCCCGACACGAGUUGUCCCGCGCUGGAUGAUUGGGUUGCACACAUGACGUCGAUUAUGAAGACCGCACAUGAGCACAUAGCCGCUUCCCAGACUCGCAUGGCAGCACAUGCGAACCGAUCGAGGAUGGAUCACCCAUUCAAGGUCGGUGAUGAUGUGCUUAUCGACGCCCGCCACUUACAGCUCGAAGCGGACACGCUUCGCAAGUUUCGGCGUCGCUUCUUUGGCCCAUGCCGCAUCCUCCAGGCCGUCGGUUCUGAUACGGCAUCUAGCCCGCGCCCUCCACCUAUCAUGGUGGACGGCCACGAGGAGUUCCGCGUUUCAGACAUCAUUGGUCGCCGAGUCACCGGCGACAACCCUCCCCACGUCGAGUAUCUCGUACGUUGGAAGGGUUACCCUGAUGAGGAGGCUACCAGGGAGCCCCUCGAGCACUUGGAGCACGCUCGCAUGUUGGUGCGUGCCUAUGACCGUGCUCGUCGUGCUGGGUUCACUGCUCCUCCUCAGCCCACUCACCCUCCUCCUUCUCCUGAAGUCGAGCCUGCUCCAUCUGAGGCAGACCUUAGCAGCAGCCGGAUGGUUCUGAGCGUCCACAGCGCACUCGUCGUCGUCCUGCUCGAGACGACGAUUGACUAUGACUUACCUUCCCACGUCUUUGACUUCUCAGUACUCCAUCCACAUCAGUUUUGCUACUUCAGCUCGUCGACGCUGCGGCUCUUCCUCGACGGCAUUCCGGACUUCUCAUCRUGGACGUCAUCGGCGGCUUCAUGGACUUCAUCACGAUCAGCUCUGCCUACUUCAGACGUCGCCACUCUCUUACCACUCUACCCUGUACAGUACCCUGCUUGUGUCGCAUGAUGGUCUCCCUUUAGCCGGGUUCCUCUGAGUUGGGCUCUCCCUUGGUAUACGCAUAGGCAUCGG